CACACACCGCCACUGCUAAAUUUCAACGACCUAAUCCCUCCAUCUACGUUCACUCAAAUCUCUUUUAAACCCAUCUUCCAUUCUCCACAGAUCCCUGAUCCCAUUUGGGGUUUCUUCUUUUUCCAAUUGAUUUCAUCAGUUUUGACCCAUCAAUCACUCAGAUCCAGUCCAACGAGAAUGGGGAAAGGGGGAGCCCUAAGCGAAGGUGUUUUGAAGAAGAUCAUCCUCUCAUACACCUAUGUCGCUAUAUGGAUCUUCCUCAGCUUCACUGUCAUCGUCUACAACAAGUACAUCCUCGAUCGAAAGAUGUACGAUUGGCCUUAUCCCAUCUCACUUACCAUGAUUCACAUGGGUUUCUGUUCUUCCUUGGCUUACAUCCUCGUAAGUGUCCUCAAAGUCGUUGAACCAGUUCAGAUGACUCGCGAUAUUUACCUAAAAUCCGUCGUUCCAAUCGGUUUGCUUUACUCUCUCAGCCUGUGGCUUUCCAAUUCGGCUUACAUUUUCCUAUCUGUUUCCUUUAUUCAAAUGCUUAAGGCUCUGAUGCCUGUUGCUGUUUACUCCAUUGGUGUUUUGUUGAAAAAAGAGGGGUUUAAAGGUGAUACCAUGACUAACAUGCUAUCCAUCUCUUUUGGUGUUGCUAUCGCUGCUUAUGGCGAAGCCAAAUUCAAUAGCUGGGGUGUGAUGUUACAGCUGGGUGCUGUUUGUUUUGAGGCUACUCGAUUGGUUUUAAUUCAGAUCUUGUUGACUUCAAAGGGCAUCACAUUUAAUCCCAUUACUUCCCUUUACUACGUUGCCCCUUGUUGUUUUGCCUUCUUAUCCAUCCCUUGGAUCAUCGUUGAGUUCCCCAAACUGAGGGAUACUUCAAGUUUCCAUUUCGAUUACUUGAUCUUCGGCACCAAUUCUUUGUGUGCAUUUGCAUUGAAUCUUGCAGUGUUCUUGCUGGUUGGGAAGACUUCAGCUUUGACCAUGAAUGUGGCUGGAGUUGUCAAAGAUUGGUUGUUGAUUGCAUUUUCUUGGUCUGUGAUCAAGGAUACAGUCACUCCCAUCAAUCUGUUUGGUUAUGGGAUUGCUUUCUUAGGUGUUGCUUAUUAUAAUCAUGCCAAAUUACAGGCCCUUAAGGCUAAAGAAGCAGAAAAGAAGGCAACCCAGAUAGAUGAUGAAUCUGGCAAGUUGUUAGAAGACAGAAGUGCAGAAAAAUCAGCAAGAAAGAGUGAGUCUGAUAAUUGAUAUAAGUCAGAUCAAGUGGUUUUGCCUGAUUACACAAAUGGGGAUUGGGAAACAUGAAGAGAAUCAAGAUUAUUUGGGGUUAGGAAGCCCUUGAAUCUUUUUUUGAUGUAUGUCUUUAGGUAGUUCUUUAUAUGUCAUCUAUUUCUAUUUAUUUAGAGUCCCGCCCUGGAGCUACCGAUAAAGUUACUUCUUUGUGAGCAAAUGGUUAUGGAUUCGAGUCCUGGAAACGGGUUCAUUGCAGAAAUGCAAGGACUUUUCCUUUUCGUUUGUCACAAAGGCGAGGAACUUUGGUGCACCGGUGUUGCGGCCCCUAUCUCUAUCUUAUUUAUUUUUCAUGUUCUUGUUCUGGUACUCGAGGUUAUUUGGGGUUGAGGCUGUUGAAUUCUUGGUGCCGAUCUGUGCAAGUGACUGGAGAAAGACUUUUGUCUUUUAUAUGUGAUUCAUAUUUACAAAUCCUCAUUUGGGGAUGAAAUUGGAUGUUGUUGUGUACUUAUCUUGAUUUUGUUUCUUUUUAGUAGCCUGGUUCUUGAUAUACUAUAUAUAUAGAAUGUAUUGUGUUAUAUGAUUGGAUAUUCUUG